GUUUUUGUGCGUCGUAGCGAAGGCGUGCUGUACGAAACGCGGGAACUGGCGGCACUGAUGAUAAGUUGUGAUAUGAUUUUCAGUCGGCAGUAUUUUUAAGAUCAAAUAUUUGAUUUUAAUUCUUCUGAUUGCCGUUCGGAUGCUACAAGUACUCUCUCUAUACAGCCGCUGUUUUAAGCAGAUUUAGAGUGGCGGUUUUCCCCGGAAAAGGGGCAGUUUGACAUGGAGUCUUUUCAGAAAGUCGAGAAGAUUGGAGAGGGAACAUACGGGGUUGUUUAUAAAGCCAAAAAUAAAGUCACCGGAGAGACAGUUGCCCUAAAGAAAAUUCGUUUAGACACAGAGACUGAAGGUGUUCCCAGCACUGCUAUCCGUGAGAUCUCUCUGCUGAAGGAGCUCAAUCACCCAAACAUAGUCAAGUUGCGUGACGUGAUACACACAGAAAAUAAGCUUUACUUGGUGUUUGAGUUUCUUCACCAGGACCUGAAGAGGUUUAUGGACUCGUCCUCGGUCACCGGCAUAUCCUUGCCCCUCGUGAAGAGUUACCUGUUCCAGUUGCUCCAGGGACUGGCCUUCUGUCACUCUCACCGUGUUCUUCACAGAGACCUUAAACCCCAGAACCUCCUGAUCAACGCUCAGGGGGAGAUCAAGCUGGCUGAUUUUGGUCUGGCCAGAGCAUUUGGUGUACCCGUGCGGACUUACACACAUGAGGUCGUAACUUUGUGGUACAGGGCUCCAGAGAUUCUCCUGGGAUGCAAAUAUUAUUCUACAGCUGUUGACAUCUGGAGUCUGGGCUGUAUUUUUGCUGAAAUGAUCACUCGGAGGGCUUUGUUUCCUGGAGACUCUGAAAUAGACCAGCUCUUUCGGAUAUUUCGGACACUUGGCACUCCGGAUGAAUCUAUAUGGCCUGGAGUCACCUCAAUGCCGGACUACAAACCCUCCUUUCCCAAGUGGGCACGGCAGGACCUGUCUAAAGUGGUGCCACCCCUGGAUGAAGAUGGCAGAGACCUUCUUGGGCAAAUGUUGAUCUAUGACCCUAACAAGAGGAUCUCGGCGAAGAACGCCCUUGUUCACCGCUUCUUCCGUGACGUCACCAUGCCGGUGCCCCCCUUACGCCUCUGAAGUCGUCUGUGAUAGGACUUCACAGCACUGGAGCUGGGGUCCACUUUCUGGGGCUUGUUUCCCAAUUGGAAAUUGAUCAGUUUUAUACUAUUACUUUUUUAUUAUUAUUGUUAUUUCAUUAUUCUAAGAUGAUAUUGUUCUAAUGAAUGAUUUUAAAACCAGUUUUUGAUGGAAUAAUAUUGUUGUCUCUGCAACUUAAUAAACAUUUUGUUUACACCGUG